AUGGCUCCUGGGAAUGGGUCUUUUGUGACUGCAUUCAUCCUGGUGGGGUUAACAGACCAACUGGAUCUCCAAGUUCCCUUGUUUUUCCUGUUUCUAUUAAUGUAUAUGGUCACUGUGAUAGGAAAUCUGAGCCUGAUAAUCCUAAUUGGGAUAAAUUCACAUCUACACACCGCCAUGUACUUUUUCCUCUUUAACUUGUCCUUCACAGACCUCUGUUAUUCUUCAGUAUUUACACCCAAAAUGCUGAUAGAUUUCUUAUCGAAGGAGAAUAUUAUCUCUUACAUGGGAUGCAUGACCCAGUUCUACUUCUUCUGUUUUUUUGUCGUUUCUGAAUGCUAUGUGCUUACAUCAAUGGCCUAUGACCGCUAUGUGGCCAUCUGUAAGCCACUCUUAUAUAAUGCUGCCAUGUCCCCUAAAGUGUGCUCCAGCCUUAUGCUUUGUUCCUACUUGUUGGCAUUUUCUGGUGCCAUGGCUCACACUGGAUGCAUGCUGAGACUGACGUUCUGUGAAGCAAACUCCAUCAACCAUUAUUUCUGUGACAUCCACCCUCUGCUCCAGCUCUCCUGCACAAGUACCUAUGUCACUGAGCUGGUAGUUUUCAUCAUGGCGGGCAUCAACAUCAUUGUGCCCAGUCUCACCAUCUUUGUCUCUUAUGGUCUCAUCCUGUCCAGCAUCCUCCACAUCAAGUCAACAGAGGGCAGGUCCAGAGCCUUCAGCACCUGCAGUUCCCACAUCACUGCUGUUUCUCUGUUCUUUGGAUCUGGGGCAUUUGUGUAUCUCAAAUCAUCUUCUACUGGAUCUUUGGAUGAGGGAAAAAUCUCUUCUAUCUUUUAUACCAAUGUGGUUCCCAUGAUGAACCCCUUAAUUUACAGUCUGAGGAACAAAGAUGUUAAAAAUGCUCUGAGAAAAACCCUGAGGAGAAGAGAGUAUUGA